AUGGUUGUUAGGUCCAAUAUUGAUAUCCACAAGAAAGCCAUCUACGAAAACACCCUAAACAUACCCUCGUCCAGCAGUCUCUUGUUUCUAUAUUCCAAUGUCACCACCAACACCUCCAAUAUGGCCAGUACCACCCAUCUUGCCUCUGGCGACGGUCCUCUCAUCCACAGUCUGAUGCCUGUUUCCAUAUCUCGAGCCAACAACAAAUACUCCACUGCUCCAUCCUCAAAUAGCUUUGGUGUCGCCAAUGUCAGUCUUCAGAAUACCAACUUAUCCCACAAUAAUGCUUCUCCAUUAGCAGAACUUACUCUCAACACCGAGGUUUCAACUCGCCACAGCCAUGAUGAGCAUAAUCUGCUGGCGUUAAGAUCUUUUUUGGCGUCUACCAACGAUCAAAAAAAAAAGCCGAAAGUAAUUCAGUCAACUUUGUCAUUCAAUGACACUGCUUUGAAUGGCGCCAAUUCAUUGCCCUUAAAUUUUAAUAUUGAAAGAACAAGUAGGUUGAGUGGAAUUGGCGUGUUAUCCCCAGAAAAGCAUUCCAUGGCCUCCUCUGGUAAAGAUACCAAUGGCGCAAAUCAUAGUUCGAACACAAAUAUUCUCCAAGAAAUUGUUGAUCUAACUAUGGAUACUGACAUCUUUAGCGAUGGGGACUCCAUAAUUGAUGAAAUCAUCAAUAAUAAAACUUAUCCUCGAAAUAAUUCAAAUUCUAAUCAACCUGAACUUGUAAAACGGACUUACCUGAAUUAUAACCUGGAUCAUAAUAAUAUCGUACAUAUAAAUAGCACAACUAGCACCAACAUUGAUAAAAAAAAUAAUAAAAAAAUAAAGCUAAAUGGGCCAGGUCACUUAUUUGAUAUCGAUAUUAACAAUCGCCUAAAUCAAAUCAAAAAUCUAAUUUCAAAUUUUAAUAUCAAGCUUUUCAAAAAUCUACCUAGUGACAGUUUAUCCUCUUUAAUUCAAUCCCAAUUUAAUUUAAUCAAAAAUCAAUCUUCCUUGAUAAUUUUUCAAAAUCUAAUAAACACCAAUAAUAAAGGCAAUACGAAUGACUCAAAUAAUUUAAACACUGAUAUUAUUAACAUUAAUCUUGAAAUUAAAAAAAAUCUAUCGGAAAUUGAGAAAUUCUUUUCAGAUAUUAAUUUAGAUAUCAAAACUGAUUCUAAUCUUAUGAAUAUCAACUUCAACACCACUAAUACCGCCAGCACACAUUCUUUCAACGAUAAAACUAUCAAUACCAACAUUCAUAUAAAUACUAACACGGAUACCAAUCAUAUCACUAAUGGCAAUGCGCAGAAUAAUAUUGAACCUCAUAUUUCCUUUCUGAGAACAAACUCAACAGCAACCACUAAUAUUAAUGAUAAUAUAUUAGACUUUCAAAGCGAUGAAUUUGAUGCUGAUGACGAUAAUAUAGAAUUAAUUAAGUUCAAUAAUGAUAAAUCCAAGUCAAUCAAUCCACCAACAGUAUCCAAUUUUGAUAAUCACACUUCUAAUAUUGAUUUCGAUGAUAACCAUCUCACUGUUAAAAGAAACCUUAGAACUCGUUCUAAAAAUUAUAAUUUUACUAAUUUGGAUGAUAUUAAUGAUCAUUUAUUUCACACCCAAAACAUCAUUGAUCCAGAUGAACCAAUAUAUUCCCAAAGAAGUUUGGAACCAAUUGAAGACGAUAAUAAUUCAAUAGUUGAGGAAUUUAUUGACGACGAAGAGGUGGAUGAUAUAAUUUUUUCUAAUGACGAGGAUUAUAUUCCUGAAAAUGACGAAUUAGAGAGUGUUAAUGACGACAACUUUUACGAUGCAACAAGCACAGAAAACAUUCAAAGUGAGAUCACAAAUUUAAAAAAUGAUGAUGAAAGUGACAUCGAAUCUGAAAAUGACCCCGAUAUUUUAAAUCCUAGCCGUAGAAUAUGGUCUCAAGAUGUCCCACUAGAAAAUGAUAAUCAGAUUCAAAUUAAUGGUAGCAACAAUUCUGCCGAUUUAGAUGAUGACAUAGAGAUAAUUGGAGCCAAUGAAUUUACAAAUGAAAGAGAAAUUAAUAUUAUUAGUUUGGAUUCUGAAUUGUCUGAUAAUGGUGGCAUUGAUGAUAUUGAUGACAUUGAUUUAAUUAACUUGACUGAAGAUAACAAUAAGCCAGAUAUAAACUCUAUCUCACAUGAAUCUAAUCGUAAUAAUUCUUUUAGUUCUUCCAGCUCUAUAAUUUCAAAUAAUAAAAAUGAAAAGACCCCUACUAAUUCUUUUUCAAAUCAAUCAUCCGAAAAAAUAUACCCUUGGACAUCGGAAGUUUAUGGUAAGUUAAAACAAGUAUUUAAUUUAUCUUCUUUCAGAUCAAAUCAAUUAGAGGCUAUUAAUUCUACGUUGAAUGGUCAAGAUGUUUUUGUUUUAAUGCCAACUGGUGGUGGUAAAUCGUUAUGUUAUCAAUUACCUGCAGUGGUGAGAUCAGGUAAAACACAUGGAACUACUAUUGUAAUCUCUCCAUUGAUUUCGUUAAUGCAAGAUCAAGUUCAACAUUUAUUAGAUAAGAAAGUUUUAGCUGCUUAUAUAAAUUCAAAAGCUACUGCUGAUGAAAAAAGACACACAUUUAAUUUAUUUAUCAAUGGAUGUUUAGAACUAGUCUAUCUUUCUCCUGAAAUGAUUAGCAGCAGCAGACAAGCAAGAAAUGCAAUACAAAAAUUAUUUGAAACUAAAAAGUUGGCAAGAAUUGUUGUUGAUGAAGCACAUUGUGUUAGUUCUUGGGGUCAUGACUUUCGACCGGACUAUCAAUCCUUAAGGUUUUUCAAAACUGAAUAUCCCACAAUACCAAUUAUGGCAUUAACAGCUACAGCAAACGCUCAUGUGAAACAAGAUAUACUUCAUAACUUAAAAAUGACAAACUGCAAAGUAUUUGUUCAAAGUUUCAACAGAACAAAUUUAUUUUAUCAUGUAAUUAAGAAAUAUAAGGACUCAACUUUAGAUAUUUCUAAUAUAAUUAAAACGAAAUUCAAGAAUCAAUGUGGUAUAAUAUAUUGCCAUUCCAAAAAUUCAUGUGAACAGACAUCUCAAUCAUUAAGACAACAUGGGAUAAAUGCAGCAUUUUAUCAUGCUGGUAUGGCUGCGGAUAGUAGAUUGAAUAUUCAAAAAUUAUGGCAAGCCGACAAAAUUCAUGUUAUUUGCGCAACAAUUGCUUUUGGAAUGGGAAUUGACAAACCUGAUGUUAGGUACGUAAUACACUUAACCAUACCGAGAACAUUGGAGGGAUAUUAUCAGGAAACUGGUAGAGCUGGUAGAGAUGGGAAAAAAUCUCAAUGUAUUAUGUAUUUUAAUUUUAGAGAUGCAAGGGUAUUGCAAGGGAUGAUACAAAAGGAUGGGGAUUUGGACCGGGCCGGAAAAGAAAAACAUUUGGAAAAAUUAAAUCAAGUUGUUCAAUAUUGUGUUAAUAUUACAGACUGUAGAAGAAGACAGGUAUUGCAAUAUUUCAAUGAGGAGUUUGAUGCAAAAGAUUGCCAUAGGCAAUGUGAUAAUUGUGUAAAUGGAUUAUCCAGCACCAUUAUUGAGAAAGAUGUUUCUGAAGUUUCUAAGGAGAUUGUUCUGUUAGUUAGGAAAAUUCAGAACGAAAAAGUGACAUUGAUAUACUGUCAGGAUGUAUUCAGAGGAUCGAAAGGUAAUAAAAUUAUCAAUGCAGGUCAUGACAAACUAGCUGGGCAUGGAGGAGGUAAAAAUUUAGACAAAACUGAUUUGAAUCGUAUUUUUUUUCAUUUAGUCUCCGAACAAAUAUUAGAGGAAUAUUCUGUUAUUAAUGGAGCAGGAUUUGCGACAAGUUAUGUGAAGGUAAAUGAAAAAAAUGCUCGACCAUUAAUCAAUAAUCGAAAAAAAAUUCUAAUGAGUUUUUCAACACCUAAUGAUUCAAACGGUUCAAAUGGACAAAAUUCAAAACUUAGUAUUGACAAUAUUCAGCUUGCUGAAGUUGGAAACAAAAUUAGCAAUCUAUCGUCAUUUAGAUAUAGAGAUACUACUAUGAACAAUAAUUCACCAAAAAUAACAACGGCAAGACAGCAGUUAGAAAGACAAGCAAGUAAUAGCAAUUUUUUUAGUCCAAUUGUUUUGAAUAAUAACACCAGUUUGAAUGAAAAAGGAAAACAAUUUAAUGAAAAAUGUUUUGAAUCUUUAAAUAGGCUAAGACAAGAUAAAAUGAACAGUAUGGGGUUAAAAAACUGCAGCUCAAUAUUUAGCAAUGAAACUUUGAAGGAUAUGGCAAUGAAACUUCCUAGUAAUAAAAAUGAGUUUGAAAAAUUGAAAGGAAUAAAACAGACACAAAUUGAGGAGUAUUAUUAUUCUUUCAGACCAUUGUUAAAUGCACUAAGAAAUCAGAAGAAUCUGUUGGAAACCCAGCAGACAGUACCAUUAUCCGGCUUUAUGGGUGCUGAAACAAAUCGAAGAGCAAGUGGUACUAGCAAUGACACUUCACCAUACUUCAAUAGACAAGAAAGAAUCGAUUACACAAAAAAAACCGAAGAAGAAGAAACAAUUCUUAAUAAAUUGAUAUCGUACUCUCAAGUUAAAAGCACUAACCAGGAUACUUCAAAUGCUAUGGUUGAACAAAAAAGCACAUCGACACAAACACGCUAUAAUAGGACCAAAGGCAAGGGCAAGAGCAAAAGCAGCUAUUCUCGUGGUUCAAGAGGAGGAUCUACAUCAAAGAUUACCAGUAGCAGAAGAUCGUUAGCGAAGAAAGCCACAAAGAAAAACGUCAAGAUAAUGAAAAUAUGA